AGGAUAUUACUAUUAGUUUUAUCUUAAUCUUUAAUCGAUUGUGAAUUGUGACAAUGUUACUCUUGUAUAUGCUGUUAAUUUCCACGGUUCUGUUGGAAUGUUCUUCAAAUAGCAAUGAGAUCCUACUGGAUUUUCCUCUUGGAACUGUUAAGGGUAAAACGAGAACAACUGUAAAUGGUGUGACCGUCCACUCCUUCCAAGGAAUACCUUUUGCCGAACCAGUAGUAAAUGAAUCCAGAUUUGAGGUUGCUAAGCCAAAAAAGCCAUGGACCGGUGUACUCGAUGCCACCACAGAAGGUAGCUACUGUAGGCAGAUUACAUACGCAGAUGUUUCGGGUGAUGAAGAUUGUUUGUUUGUCAACAUAUUUUCUCCACAAGAUCCCAAGUUAAACGCAAGUCUUCCAGUAAUGGUGUUCAUUUAUGGAGGCGGUUUUAUCGAAGGAGCUUCAAUAGAAGUAAAUUACGGUCCUGAUUAUCUAUUGGAUUAUGAAGUAGUUGUAGUUACAUUCAAUUACAGAAUAGGACCCUUCGGAUUCUUUUCAACCGGAGAUGAUAUAGUCCCUGGAAAUAUGGGUUUAAAAGACCAAGUGCUAGCUUUACAAUUUGUUAAUAAAUAUAUUCAAUAUUUUGGAGGAGAUCCGACUAAAGUCACUAUCUUUGGACAAAGCGCUGGAGCAGCUUCCGUACAUUAUCAUGUCCUGAGUCCAUUAUCCAAAGGUUUAUUUAGAGCUGCAAUAUGUGAGAGCGCUUCUGCUUUAAGUGUUUGGGCGAAUCAAAAAAAUCAAACGGAACUUUCGUACCUCUUAGCCUCUAUACUUAAUCCUGCCUUUGCAACGUACAAUGCGACUUCUUCUGAAAUAUAUGAAUAUUUACGAAAACUACCAGCAUAUGACAUCGACAGAGCAGCUCAUCAAAUACAUCUAAUGGAAAAACCAUCGGAUAUUCAAAUACUCAAAGGAGUGUACUGGGGACCUGUGAUAGAGCACGAACAUGAAGGUGCAUUCAUAAAAAAACCAAUGUAUGAAAUGUUAAAAGAUGGCGAUAUUAAUGACGUCAAAUUGCUUAUUGGUGUGAAUUCUGAGGAGAUGUUACCAGCAGAUUUCAGUAAUUUAGGUCAAACUAUUGCUGUCUUUGAAGACGAUCUGGAACUACUGGUCCCCAAUAAACUAAAUGCUAAGGACUCUGAUAAAGCUGUCAUUGCUCAAAAGAUAAAAGAUUUUUAUUCUCCUUACUUCAAUUUCAGUGUAAACCAAAGACAAUUCAUUAAGUACCAAAGUGAUCAGAGUUUCGCUAGAUCAAUUCUCAAGGCUGCUGAAUUGGAAUCAAGAUGGCAUGACGUCUACGUUUACGAGUUUGAGUACCAUGGACCUUUAGGAAAAUUUGCAGAUACACCAACUAUUGGAUUUUCCGACGACGUCAGACACACAGAGGAAAUAAGUUAUCUUUUGUGCCAUAGCUACACAAGUCUAAAUACCACCGAUAUUACAAAAUAUCCUAUAACCGAUCAAAUAGUUCAAAAAAGAAUGACAACUUUGUUUACCAAUUUUGCCAAAUAUCUUGAUCCAACGCCUGAAAAAAUAAAUAUAUUACAAAACAUAACAUGGCCCAGUGUGAAACCUAAUAAUUUCCAGUAUUUAGCCAUUGGAUCUUGGAUGGAAGUGAGGAGAAAUCCAAUGGAGAAUAUGUACAGAUUUUGGAAUGAAAUAUUUUCAACAUAUGGACAAAAACCGUUUAUUUCUUACUAAUCUUUAAACACUGUACAUAAAAGAUAUAAAUACAACUUUCAUUUUUAUAA